UCGUCAUCGUCAACAUUGUCACCAUCAACGUCAUCGUCAACGAUGUCACCAUCAACAUCAUCGGCAACGUCACCACAGUCAACGUCAUCGUCAACGUCGCUGGCAACGAUAUCAUCAACGUCAUUGUCAACGUCACCACAGUCAACGUCAUUGUCAACGAUGUCAUCAUCAACAACAUCAUCGUCAACGUCGUUGGCAACGAUGUCACUGUCAACAUCAUCGUCAACGUCAUCGUCAACAACGUCAUCGUCAACAUCAUCGUCAAUGACGUCACAGUCGUCAUCGUCAACAUUGUCACCGUCAACGUCAUCAUCAACGUCACCACAGUCAACGUCAUCGUCAACGAUGUCAUUGUCAACAACAUCAUCAUCAACGUCACCGGCAACGAUGUCACCAGCAACGUCAUCGUCGUCACCACAGUCAACGUCGUCAGCAACAAUGUCAACGUCAACAACAUCGUCAAUGAUGUCACCGUCAUCGUCAACGUCAUCGUCAACAAUGUCAUCAUCAACGAUGUCACCGUCAAUGUCAUCGUCAACAUCAUCGUCAAUGACGUCACAGUCGUCAUCAUCAACAUUGUCACCGUCAACGUCAUCGUCAACGUCACCACAGUCAACGUCAUCAGCAACGAUGUCAUCGUCAAUAACAUCAUCAUCAAUGUCGCCGGCAACGAUAUCGUCAACAUCAUCGUCAACGAUGUCACCGUCAACGUCAUCGCCAACGUCACCACAGUCAACGUCAUCGUCAACGAUGUCACCGUCAUCAUCAACAUCAUCAUCAACGUCACCACAGUCAACAUUAUCAUCAACGUCGUCGGCAACAAUGUCAUUGUCAACGGUGUCAUCGUCAACAUCAUCACAGGCAACGUCAUCGUCAACGUCAUCAGUGUCAUCAUCAACAUCGUUGGCAAUGACGUCAACGUCAUCAGCAACGAUGUCAUCGUCAACAACAUCAUCAUCAACGUCGUCAGCAACGAUAUCGUCAACGUCAUUGUCAACAAUGUCACCAUCAACGUCAUCGUCAACGUCACCACAGUCAACGUCAUCAUCGUCGUCGUCAACGAUGUCAUCGUCAACGUCAUCAUCGUCGUCACAGUCAACAUCACCAUCAACGAUGUCACCAUCGUCAUCAGUCGUCAGCUUGUCAUCGUCAACAAUGUCACCGUCCAUGUCAUUGUCAACGUCACUGUCAACGCUGUCACACUCAACGUCACCAUCAACGAUGUCACCGUCACCUCAACGUCAUUGUCAACGUCGUCACAGUUGUCAUCGUCAAUGUCACCGUCAACGUCGUCACAGUCGUCGUCAAUGAUGUCAUCGUCAAC